AUGACUAAGAACGAUCGGUUCACUAUAGGGUGGAUCUCCCCUCUCCCUCUUGAACAUGAGGCUGCAGGGCUGAACGCUUUCUAUCUAGGUGGUCGCAUCGGGAAACACGAGGUCGUCAUUAGAGUGCAGAGAAGAACAGUUCUCGAAGGGGCUGCAAUUCUUGCUGAGAAGAUGCGCUCUGGAUUUCCCAACAUCAAAUCCUUUCUCUUGGUCGGUAUUGCUGGCGGUGUACCGCGUUACGGACUGGCUGGUGCGGUGUCCGAGAUUGUGCUUGGGGACGUGGUUCUGUUUGUUCACUUCGGCAACGUCGCAUCAAGCAAUCAACUACAGAUAUCCGCCACGGAGCGAAACAGAAUCCAAAAAGAACAUGAUUCCGCCUGCUUUGAGAUGGAAGCAGCAGACGUUCUGCUCGAGUAUCCCUGUGUGGUUGUGCGGGGCAUCUGUGACUACGCAGACUCUCACAAGAACAAGGCUUGGCAGAACUACGCAGCAGGCACAGCGGCCGCAUCUGUACACAGCAACGUCCCUCGUACCACCCUCAAUCAUUGUGCCCUCAGACAACGCUUAAGAGAAGACAAAGCCUGA